GUAUCGUGUCUCUGUGGUGUUUGUUUCUGACUGAAUGUCCGUACAUGGCGCCGCAAACUAGAAGAACGUCGUUUCCGAAGGUUCUUAUUGAGAGAGACACAGACUCUGAGCGAAGUUCCUCGGACGAAGAAGAGGAGGGAGAAGAGGAGCCACAAUCAGAAGAAGAAGAUGAUGGUGAUGAAGAAGAAGAAGAAGAAACAGCCUUGGAGAAUGAAAAUAGAAAGGCCUACGAAGAGGCUAGUGAUGCCAAGAAGAAAGGGAAAGCACCCAUUACUAUCAGUCUCAAGAAAGUCUGCAAAGUUUGCAAAAAGGCGGGUCACGAGGCGGGCUUUAAGGGCGCGACGUAUAUUGAUUGCCCGAUGAAACCCUGCUUCCUCUGCAAAAUGCCUGGCCACACUACGAUGUCUUGUCCUCAUAGAGUUGUUACAGAACAUGGGGUCAUCCCAGCACCCCAUAGGGAUAUCCAGAACCCUGUGGAAUUUGUAUUUGGACGUCAACUUAAACCAAGAAUCACUCGUUUCAAGCCAGCUUAUGUGAUCCCAGAUCAAGUGCAUUGUGCAGCUAUCAGAUACCACAGUAGACGGGUAACGUGUUUGGAAUUCCACCCUACAAACAAUAAUAUCCUUUUAUCUGGAGAUAAGAAAGGACAACUCGGAGUCUGGGAUUUUGCUAAAGUACAUGAAAAGACAGUUUAUGGAAACAUUCACUCUUGUAUACUCAAUAAUAUGAGGUUCAGCCCUGCAAAUGAUGGAACAAUAUAUGCUGCAUCCUCAGAUGGAACUAUAAGUUGCACAGACUUGGAAACUGGAAUGUCAUCAUCUUUGAUGAAUCUUAACCCAGAUGGAUGGCAGGGCCCAAGCACCUGGAGGAUGCUUUAUGGCAUGGAAAUCAACUCAGAAAAAUGUGUUGUGCUUGUAGCUGACAACUUUGGUUUUCUUUAUUUGGUGGAUUCUCGCUCAAAUAUCCAAACUGGGGAACCAAUUUUGAUACACAAGAAAGGUAGCAAAGUUGUUGGUCUACACUGUAAUCCUGUUCAACCAGAUCUUCUCUUGAGUUGUGGAAAUGAUCAUUUUGCUCGUAUGUGGGAUAUGCGUCGACUACAAGCUGCAUCUUCUCUUUACAACCUUGAGCACAGACGUGUAGUUAACUCUGCAUAUUUCUCUCCACUGUCAGGCAGCAAAAUUCUUACUACAUCUCAGGAUAACCGUCUUCGUGUAUGGGAUUCUAUCUUUGGCAAUUUGGAGUCACCAAGCCGAGAGAUUGUACAUAGUCAUGACUUCAAUCGACAUUUAACUCCAUUUCGAGCUGAAUGGGAUCCUAAGGAUUCCUCUGAAUCCCUUGCUGUUGUUGGCCGCUAUAUAAGUGAAAACUAUCAUGGGACUGCCUUGCACCCCAUUGAUUUUAUAGACAUUAGUACUGGGCAACUAGUAGCCGAGGUUAUGGAUCCAAAUAUUACAACAAUAAGUCCAGUGAACAAACUGCAUCCGCGAGAUGAUGUUUUGGCAUCUGGUAGUUCAAGGUCUCUCUUUAUAUGGAGGCCAAAGGAGAAGUUUGAAGUGGCAGAACAGAUGGAUUCAAGGAAGAUUGUUGUAUUUGGAGGUCAGGAGAAGAAGCGUGGUGGAAAGUCCCAGGAUGGAUAUGAUGAUGAUUCUGAUGAUGACACAAACAACUUAAAGGGCAAGAAUGUUAAGCUGCUCAAAAAGUCUGGAAAGCGAACGAGUCGCUAUGGUCACAAGGCAAAACGCUAAGAAACAUACGUGCUUCUAGAGUUCCAAAUUCCGAUAACAAGUGCCUCCACCUUUUUGAAGCCUUAAGGAAUUUUGGUUGUUUUGCCAUAACCGGUUGUGAUGUUAACUCUCAUUUUGAUGAUGGUGGGAACUGGGAAGCAGUCUAUCAUAAAAUUAAGGUGGAUAUAUGUCUUUCUGGAAUCAAUCUAUCAUGAUCAUAUAUGUGUGAUUGUUCAUAAUCUUUUGACAUCAAGUUGAUGUCAUGCAGCACUGCCCCCAUGUGGAGUGGCGGUCAUGCUUCUUUAAAGUGAGAAAUAGGUGGAACGCACCCAGUUUUCAGGUCGAGUCUCAGAUUCGACUUUUCUUGAACAUAUCCUAAUCUAACAUUGUAAUUUCUUUUGUCAAAAAAAUAAAAUAAAAUUGAUGUC